GAUUAAUCAUUUCGCAAUUGGUUCUUGACAACUAUUGCGUAAAUUGCAUUGUUCUGCCUUUUGUAAAGGCAGUGUAAGUCAUCAGUCGGCGAAAUUUGGUUGUGGCUGCCGCAGUCGAGAAAAUCAAUUGGCUUCGUUGUCUGCUUUAGAUUGUUUGUUUUUUGGAACGGAAAAGAUAACGAUGAACAUGAGCGGUGGAAACAUCCAUGGUUUGAGCUGGUUUCCAAAUAUUCCCGACAAAUUUGUAACAUGGGGUGGACAGGAAAUCAAAUUAUAUGUGGUAGGACGGAAUAAAGUCGAGUCUGAAGCUAGCGCCCGUUUGCCAAACAUUCCUGCCAAUUUGGAGGCUAUCGAAAACCACUACGAAUACGCUCGAUGUGUCCAACCAUCAUUUCACAAAAAUCGUCCAAUAAUUGCUGUUGGUUUGGGAAAUGGCAAAGUUGGUAUCAGCGACUUCCAUGGAGUUAUGGAAAAAGAUCCUGAAUACACUCCCCGUCAGCAACGAAUGUGCCUCUGUUUGGCUUGGAGUGAGAAUAAUCCUAACAUGUUAGCUAUUGGCCAUGAUCGUCAUCGCUCUGAUUCCUGCAUUACAAUUUGGGACACAGAACGGGGACCACCAAAGGAGAGUGAAUCAAGUUUCUUCGGAGUAUCUGAAUCGGCUCAUUCAUUAUGCUGGGAUAAAAAUCAUCAAAUUCUCAUAGCUGGAAUGAACCAGAAGCAAAUAAAACUCUACGAUCUAAGACAAAGCACUACCACCUGUCAGUCCAUACAGACCAAAACUGUUUACGGUUUAGGAGUAGCACCGAAUGGCAAUUACCUAUGUAGUUUCUUUGAUUCGGUGAUAAUGCUGUGGGAUCUGCGUGCUAUCGAUCGGCCCUUGUUGCAAAUACAAUCGGCUAAGAAUCACCUACACUUAAGUUGGUGUCCAACAAGAUCCAGUUUGUUGUCGUCGCUACAACGAGAAUCGCCGUACAUAACUCUAUAUGAUAUACGUUGUGUGGAUGUGGAAAAGAGCCGUGAAGUUUACCACGUUAAGAAACAAUUGUUGCCAUUUCAUACGAAACACCACGCCUCCCAUAAGGGAUAUACUCUUGCUGCAUUGUCAUGGCAUCAUAUGGAUUUCGAGAGAGCUCUCUUGCUUUCCGAGACUGGAAGCAUUAUGGAUUUUCAUUUGCCGUUAUCUAUAUUAACGGCCUAUAGUAAUCACAAGAAACUGCCACUGUUGCUACAAAAGCCCCUAUCAGCUCCGAAUACGCCAGUACAUAGCAGCCAAACUAGUCAAACCAGCUCAUCCGAAUUGAGCAAUGCCAAAUCCCCAUUGAAUUUCGAUGUUGUCGACAAAGAUCUUCAAGAAGAGGACCUGGUUGAAUGGACCAGAGAGAGGGCGUUGUGUGAUUACGGUCUGAAAAUGGCUGGCAAACGUUUGAAUGGAGAGUUUCACUUGACAUCUUACCUUAAGACAGUUUGGUUAAGCUUGGCAAACGUUUAUCGCAGCGAAGAGAAGUUAAUCGGUUUGAAAACUGUUUUAGGUAUCGGUCUGAGUCAUACUUCCGAGGCAUUUAUGAAUACAUCAAGAAUAGAGUCUCACGUUCUACAAUGGCCAGACUUUAUAAACAAUGCAUGUAAUUUAGUGUGCUAUAGGAGCGACCAACGCGAUACCGCAUUAAAGCUGUGUGGAUGGCCAUCAGAACAGGAAUUGGAUCGUUUUGUGAAUACCUUGUGCGAAAACAAGGAAUUCAGUCGGGCAGCAAUGAUUUAUGUUUUUCACUUGAAAGUUCUGGCUGCUUGUGACAUUCUAUCCAAAGCUGUCGAUCAGUCUCGCGAUCCGAGUAUGUUCCGUAUUGCUGCCAUAGCUCUUUCUUGUUUCAAUGCCGAUCGUACCAGCACUGCUUGGCGGAAUCAACGAUCACUAGCUAACAAACAAAUCAAAGAUCCCCAUCUUAGAGCCAUUUUUUCAUUUCUUGUUGCAGACAAUGACAACUUUGACUCCGUUUUGGCGGAAGAAAAAGAAGGCAUCUCCUUAGCUGAUCGUAUGGCAUUCGCAUGUAAAUAUUUAUCGGAGUCAAAAUUGGCGGAAUAUGUCAAACUGCAAAUUCAAAGAUCCGUAGAAAAAGGAGACCUUAAUGGCUUGUUACUUACUGGAGAGUCCCAGGAGGGCAUAAAUAUUUUGCAGUCAUACAUGGAUUCUACAUUCGAUAUACAAACAGUGGCACUUAUUGCCAUAAAUUAUUUCCAUCGCGAACUCUUUAACGAUUUUAGAAUACAAUAUUGGAUAACAAGCUACAUGGAUUGCCUAAAUUCGUGGGGAUUUUGGGAGAAAAGAGCCGAGUUGGAAAUAAAAAUUGCAAAUUUACGAUCUUCCAUUCGCAGUCCACGCACCGUUUAUUUAUCUUGUAAUUUUUGUGGAAAAUCGGUUUCAAAUGCCUUACAGGAAGAUGCUCGUAUGCGCAAUGUUUCCUCUAAUGUAAAUAAGCUUUCGUCCUGCCCAAGUUGUCGCAAACCACUGCCCCGUUGUUCCCUGUGUUUAUUGCAUAUGGGUACUACGCUAAAUGCCUAUACAGCCGGUGAGGGGGGAAACGAAAGUCAAGGAGUCCCGUCGAAACCAUUCUCCAAAUGGUUUUCAUGGUGUCAAACUUGUCGUCACGGCGGUCAUACUGAACACUUGAUGCAAUGGUUCAAACAAAAUGCCGAGUGUCCCGUAUCAUCAUGUUCCUGUCGAUGUUUCGAUAUGGAUGUGACAAAUCCUAUAGCUUCAACAGAUCUCUCAUAAACUCAAUAGAUCUCUCAUAACACCGUAUCAUCAUGUUCCUGUCGAUAUUUCGAUAUGGAUGUGACAACACCUGCAGCCUCAAUAGAUCUUUCAUAAACCUAAAAGACUUGUUAUUGCACCUUAAUGCUGGUAUCUAAACUUUUUUCCAGCUUUACACUACAAUCGAAAUGUAGAAAAACAUGCCGAUUUUAUGUUACGCCAUUAAUGAAAUACAAAAGACUUAAAGAGCCAAUUCAUCCUACAAUUUUGAUGAACCUUCGGAAAUAAACGUCGAAAAUGGUAAUGACUAAAUCCUAAAAUAUAUAUAAAUUUUAAGUUCAUAUUGUUUUGUAUGCUUUAGUAUAUCGAUAAAG